GAAAGAAAGAAGAUUAGGGUUUUAAAUCGAUCGCGAAGGUUUUCCUUUUCCUUGUUCACACAAACACUUUCACAGAGAAAGGAAAACGAAUCUAAUCGAAUCGAUCGAAGAAAGGAAAUGGAAACUGGCGGAGAUGAAGGAUUGAUCGAGAGAGUGGUGGACUCGAAGGACUUACAGCAACAGAGCAAAGCCUUCGACAAGCUCACCGACCGCGUCGAAGACCGCCAGCUCGAUUCCACUCGUGUCCAAGAGGCUAUGGCCUCGAUUGCUGCCUCGUCUGAAGCGGAUUGGAAUGCUAUGAAAAUGAGGGAGAAAGAACUCGCUGCUGUUAAGAUCAAGGCAGCUGAUGUUGACAUAAUUGCAAAUGAGCUAGAGUUAGACCCAAAGGUGGCUGAGAGGACCUUACGUGAACACAAAGGUGAUGCUGUUGCUGCCAUUCGACAUUUGCUUCGAUAAAAAGUCGCUGAAGGAUCUUACAAGAGUUUGGUUUUCAAAUUUUUCUGGAAUCAUUUGCAUGCUUUUGCAAUAUGAAUGGUUAAUGCUUACAGCUAGAUGAUUUGUCAAUGGAUAGUGUUUGUUUCAGUGAGAUGUAUCAAUCACCAGGCCAAUUGAUUCAGAUUUGUUUUGGUGCUGAUGAAUCCUGUUUUACUCAAUACCAAAAGAGAGUCAAAAUUCUGAAGACGAUA